AUGGAGAAUCCUGUGGCGGAGAUACCGCGAGUCAUCAACUUGCUUUGCACAGCUCCGCCCGAUGUCCAACGAGCAGCAAUCGAGACGUACUUCACAUCGACUGCCUCUUUUACCCACCCUUUCUGUCGGACAGGCAGCUUUCCUGGAUCGAUAUGGUUCAUUGUAAUGAUAUAUCGGUGGUAUAAGAUUCUCAGUCCACAUAUUGAUGUUGCGGUCGAUGGAGUCGCAUUCGAUGAGCAGCACCUGCGCCUCUAUGUCUCCCUGCAUCAGAACUUCAAGCUAUGGGUAGUCCCUUUCUACAAUGCGCCGGUCAAAUUGGUUACCGUCCUCCAGCUGACCACGGAUCGUAAUCCGACAUCUAUCGAGCGCAGACAGUCCCUAGAGCCUUUGACUCUGACCGACGUUGGUACAGGGCAGACCCCGAACGCAAGCAAUAACAUAAGCUUCCACGCCGACGCCGGAAACGACGAGCGCACCAAGCGACAGGGUGACGACGAGAAGAUUCACUACUGGAUUCAGUCACAGAACGAUCUCUACCAGACCACUGAAUGGAUCAAAUUCCUAAUCCCUUGGGGUGUGGGAGUCCUCCUACUCGUCAUAUGGCAGUUCUACAACACGCUGCUUUGCGUGGCUGGCACCCAAAUAUACGAUACAUUGGUCUGGAUUCCGAGAAAGCUCUACCGGCAACAUUUCGAAGUGUUCGACAACGACACCAAAAAGCAUCCACACCUUGGCGCUGAUUGA